AUGGAGGUCUUCCGUCCGAGUGACGUCGUCAAUCUUGAAAUACCACAGCAUCUUGGCGCUGUCGAUCGUAAUUUUAAACGUUCAUCUGCGCUAAAUCUCUGGAAUAUCGCCGUAAAUAUCCUCCCAUCGUAUGCCUUUCUGUUGCUUUUAUUCAUAGUUCGUCAUGUGUCGUUUAGAGGGCAUCACACAAGGUCGCUACACAUUACUUUGUGUCUAAUUCUCUCGUGUCUCGCCACGCUCAUGGCGAUUGUGACGACGGCAAACGCCAUAUCGAGGCUGCAGGUUACGGAUUUUGGGUUUCUGUUUGUGUUUGUCGGAGGGUCGCUUUAUUACGCCAAAUUGUACCACCAAAGGGCUGAUUUCUGCAAGAUUUUGGACAAGCAGGACGUCUCCUCAUACUCUCUGAUGCCUUUUUUCGCAAGGGCCUUUAUACACUCUCUCUUAUCGCUACUCGUCUCCAUCGCCAUAUCAAUUGUCCACCAGACUCUUGAUGUCCUUCUAGGGUCCCUUGCAAAUAUACAGGGACAGCCUUACUAUACCACAUUCUCGAGCUUUACGUGGCAUGUAAACUACGUGCUCUCCCAGAUUCCAAAUUCUGCGAGUUCAUCGUCACACUGGUUAUUUCAAAUUGCAAAGUUGUUGCCUGCAAUGACCUGGGUCAUUGCUCUCUCCGAGUACUAUAUAGACGUCAUGAACCUCGAGUCCACUCACAUGGACGCACUCAUUGUGGCAACCAUAGAGGAAUUCCCCGCUCAUAACAUGAGCACUCUGGAUAAUGAGAUCUUGUUCUCCCGGGCAAUGUACAAUUACAGCAAAGGGAUUUCUCACGUUUUGGACCAGAAUAAAAACAAGUAUAUUUUGAGCCCUCCAUCUCUCAACGUUCCGGAGGACGAUAGCAACCGUCGUAGAUCUCCUAUGCAGCCAUUUACGCAGAUUGCUACGAAAAGCAAAUAUUUGGAAUCUAAAAAGGUGCGAUAUCAGGUCAAUGAUGUAGUUUAUCGCAUGUUAGUGGCGUCACCCAGCAAACUAUUCACUUCCUACGUUGAUGCGUGUAUAGAAACAAUGAACGAGACCAGAGUGAAUCUUCACCGUCUCAUGUUUAGCAGUUUCUCUACUCAUGAACACAAGUUGGGUCACGCUUUUAAAACCCGUGAACACCUCCAUGGAUACCAUAACCACCGGCUACACAAUGCCAUUCAGACGCUUGUGUUCUACCUGACACCAUCCGCAAGGAGUCAUUCUACACACGUGCUGAAUGUAAUGCUUCUGUGUAUCAUUUACCUGCGCGGUAUAACGUCGUGGCUGUGUGCAGCCAACAUGCUCGGCUACGAUAGAGACAAUGUAAAGGAGGUUUCAAGGGAUGUAGUAUUCCAAGUUUUGGGGAUCCACAAGACCAUUUCAACACUAAACAGAGCGUCUAUCCCACUCUACGUUCAAAAUUAUAUCGAUACCCUCAAUGCUGAAAUAAACUAUACCCUAAAGUCCCUAUCGGUAUUCACGGAAUCGUUGCUCUACUCCAAGUAUAAUACGAAUUUUGACACUUACAGAGUCCUGGAGCAUUUGUACAGCGGAAAUAAAGGUGCACUUUAA